AGAACUAUUCUAGAACGAGAACGUGAUUGUAUGUGUUCUGGAAGCGUGGUACUUCGAUUUCUGUAAGUGAAACUGGCAAUUCAUUGGCCAAAAGAAGAAGAUUGUAUGCGUUUCUUAACGAGGUUUCGUGAUCUAACUUGCAUUGUAAACAAUUGUACGUGAACACUGUAUUUUGCUAGGAAGGUGUAUGUUCUUUUGAGAAUACAAUGGUGAUGGAGGAAUCAGAUAUGGAAUUAGCUUCGGAAAGUAUACCGGUUCCUCAGAUACAGGAGCCAGUAGUUGAUACAGUUAAACGUAACAACAAGCCGGGCGUUUCGCGUGGUAAACCAAGGCUGAGAAAGAAAGCGUUGCAUGCCUCGAUACUUAAGCAAAUGGAGUUUUAUUUCAGUGACGCUAACUUGAACAAGGAUCGUUAUUUGUCAGGACUUUUGAAAGAAAAUCCUUAUGUGGGCCUUGAAGUAUUCACAAGAUUUAAUAAGUUGCGCGAGCUGACCACAGACACAAACAGGAUAGCUAAGGCUCUACAGGGAUCGACUAUGUUGAAGGUAUCAGAGGAUGGUACAAAGGUCUGUCGAUUAACACCAAUUCAGAAGAAAGAAGAUAUUGAUCAGUGUACGAUUUAUGUACAAAAUUUACCUCCAGAUGCAGAUCACGACUGGUUGAUAUCUAUUUUUUCUAAAUACGGAUCAGUAGAAUAUGUCUCGAUUCCACGUUACAGAAUCAACAGAAAAAUAAAAGGGUUUGCAUUUGUGGAAUUUGAUAAGCCUAGCAGCGCUGAAGAAUGUAUUAAGACAUUCCGGAAAAAGAAAGGUGUUUUGCCAUCAUAUAUAUCUCCCAAUGAGUUAUUAAGUAUAACGACAUUUGAUGAACCUAAUAAAGAUGCAGUAGUUGAAGUAAUAAAUUCAAAAACUAAGAUAAAAUUGAAAGAUAAUGAAAAUGAAAAGACAUUUAAUGAAGAAGUGGGAAAUAUUAGCCGUAAAGGACUCCGUUUGAAGAGACUGACGACAGAAGAAGAAGAAACUGAGACUAAAGAUAAUAUGUGUGAAAUGGAUACAGAGGAUAAUAUUAGCAAACAAAAUUCUAAAAAAAGAAAAUCUUUGGAAAAAUCUGUUAUGGACGAAAGCGAUGUUAAAAUUAAGAAAAAGAAAAAGGAAGCUGCUGACCAAAAUAUAACAGAUCAAGAUGAAGAAAAGAAAAUAUCAAAAUCUGAAUCUGAAGACAAGAAUAAUACUCUUGAUAAUGAAACAGAUGCGACAGAUAACAAUGGCAAACAAAAAUUUAAAAAAAGAAAAUAUUCUUCGGAAAAAUUGUUUGUUCCAGAUGAAAGUCAAGAAAAAGAUAUUAAAGUCAAGAAAAAGAAAAAAGCCACAGAUCAAAAUAUAACAUAUCAACAGAAUGAAAAAGAAAAAGUAUUAAAAGAAGAAUCUAAAGAUAAGGAUAAUACUUGUGACAAUGAUGUAGCAUAUAAUAAUGAUAGACAAAGUUCAAAGAAAGAAAUAUAUGCACUGGAAAAAUCGCUUGUUGCAGAUGAAAGUGAUGUUAAAGUAAAAAAAAGGAGAAAAACUGUAGAUCGAAGUACAAUAAAUCAACAAGACGAGAAAGAAAUGGUGCCAAAAGAAGAAUCUGAAGAUAAGACUAAUGUCUACGAUGAUGAAACAGAUACAGCAGGUAAUAAUGGUCGACAAAGCCUUAAGAAAAGGAAACUUGUUCCAGAAAAGUCAUAUAUUAAAGACGAAAGAAACAGCAAAGUCACUGGAAAUAGUAUAGAAAAAGAGAUUCCGAAUAAAAAUCGCAAUAAAGUUACAGAAAAAAAGAAGAGAAGACUUACAAUAAAUGAUAUAAUCACUAUAGAAGAUAAUGGUGGAGAAGCAGUAAAAAAGGAAUGUCAAAAAUCCGCGAUAAAUUCAAAUAAAAAUGAAACAACAGAAUUGGAAUAUUCACAUGAAGCCGAUGACAACGACGAGGCAAGUGCUCUAUUACAAAUUGAAAAACAUUCCACAAGCGAUUUCGGCGCAAGAAAUAGCGAUAUCGAGGAAACUAGUGAUGAAAGAAAGAAGAAAAAGAAUAGGAAAAAGAGAAGUAAAAUUCAGGACAAUGAUAUUUGUAGUAAAAUAGGAUUGCAAAUAAUGGCAAAAUCAGAUUGGAAGCGUCUUAGAAAUAGAUAUUUAGAUUUGCAACGAUAUAAAAUGAAACAGCUAAAAGUGCAUUUGAGAAAAGCUGAGGUGGAACGAGACGGAAUUAUAAAAAAUGGAUACCACGACAAAACUGGUCAGACUAAUACAUUGCAUAAUAAAUUAAAACAUGAAAACGAUAAUGAAACACUUGAAGAAAAGUCUUGUGGACGCGUUAAUUAUGCGCCAGGAAUUAUAGUAAAAAUUGAAAUGGAUGAGCCUUGCACAGAUACACAAAGUUUCAAGAUGGAGUUAAAAGACAACAAUUCUAUAAAAUAUGUAGAUGUAAUAGCUGAUUCUUGUGAAGCCUAUAUAAGAUGCGAUACAGCAGAAGCUGCGCAAACAUUUGCACAGCAGAGUUACGAAGGAAGACAUUUAACUAUUUUAGAAGGUGAUGAAGAGAAAUUAUAUUGGGACAAGAUAGCGGAAGAUAGGAUGGAAAAGUUGAGUAAAAAGAAAAGAGUCAAGCAAAGGGGGCGUGAUAAAUUGCUCAAACGAGCAGAGAAAGAACUUGGGAAAUGUAUAAAGUUUGAUUAAGAUUAGCUUAUGGUAUUAUUCAACUUUUUAUAAUUCAGUUAAGCUUAAUCAAGUAUAUGUACACAUACGUCCCAACUGCAUACAUCCCAGUUGAACUCAUCCACUCACUUCGGCCGAUGUAACUUCUCCAGUGUAUCACCAAUGAGAAUAUUAUUUUGCUUUAGUCAGUUAACGAUGUGUUCGAUAGAGAUGCUUGCUAUAGUACGAGAACAAUUUGAAAACUUUGCGAUCUAAUUCAUAAGGGUGCUGGUACACAUCAUUUUGUGAUGUGAUAAAACAAGCGUUAAUCCGUUCACAUACGCUUUAUGCUUGUGAAUCUAUAGGUUUGUCCGCGUUACUCGCAGUCUACAUAUUAAGCUUCUUUGCUUUCUCUUUCUAACAUUUGAAUGUCAUAGAUCUUAUAUAAGAUCGAUACCACCAACAAGAUACUAUUAAAGACUGACGUCCUUACGGGAGUUCACAUCCUUGUUAGUAUU